CACGGAGGAGCCUACCCUGAUGUGCCUGAACAGCUGUAGCAGUUGUGUUCCGGAGGGCAACAGCAGCAUGGAGACCAGGAAAUGACUGGACAAGAUCCUCCAAUCAGUCAGCUACCACAUGGGCUGAAUGGCCUCUCGUUUAUAGUCCAACACCUGGGCCGGAGCACUCAGCCUCCAUUGCUGGUACUGGCUGAACAUGCUGGGAACCCAGCACCCUCUCGUACCCUGUAAACCACAUACGAGGACAGCUGGGGUUUGGUCUUUAGCACUGGAUGCUGGAGAAGGGAUUCCAGGGACACGAGGGCUCUGCAAAGGGUUUUCUGUGAUGCAGACUGAUGCUCAUAAUGAGCCUGACCUGAUGAGGGGUCACACCCUGACCAUUUCCGGGACCUUGACAACAUUCUGGGAAACUUAGUUAAAGUUAAUGCCACAGUUCAUGCAGCAUCCGAACUGCGGCUUGUAAAAAGAAAGAAGGAGGAGGGAAAGACUCUACUACAACUAGUCAUUUAAAAAAAAUAAUAAAAUCUCAAAUUGAAUUAAUGAAAUGAGUGAGCAUGGCUGGUAUGAGCUGGCUUUUUGAGCUGUGGAACAUGUCAGAGGCAGUGGCCAAUCACAGGGGGGGGUGUGAGUCAGAGGACAGGAAGGGGCUCUAUUUAUACUGAUCCGAUCCCUGCUCUCUCACUCCUCACACAACGACCCCCCCUGUGGGAACCCAACCUCUCUCCUCCUUGUGGUCCACAGAAGCAUUCAAAACAAUUGAAGAAAGCAUAGCAUCGUCUUCAGAAGCCAGGAUCAGGAAAAGGGGCAGCUAUUCACUCUUUGAAAUGCACACUAAGGAACAAAUCAGUCACGAUGAAUACCUGCAGACUGCAGAGUGGCUCCUGUCCCACACGGCGCACAGGCCCAAGGUGGGCGUCAUCUGUGGCUCGGGGCUGGGGGCGCUGGCCGACGCGCUCAAGAGCCAGGACUCCUUCAGCUACACCGACAUUCCACAUUUCCCCCAGAGCACAGUGCAGGGACACGCCGGGAGGCUGGUUUUCGGCGAGCUGGGAGGGAAGGCCUGUGUGUGCAUGCAAGGACGCUUCCACAUGUACGAAGGACAUUCGCUCGGCAAGGUGACCUUCCCAGUCCGCGUGUUCAAGCUGUUGGGCGUGGAGACCCUGAUCGUCACCAACGCCGCGGGCUCCCUGGCUAACAGCUACAAGACGGGCGACAUCAUGAUCAUCAAAGACCACAUCAACGUGCCUGGCCUCGCCGGGCUGAACCCGCUCAUCGGACCCAACGAUGAGAAGUUUGGCCCAAGGUUUCCCCCCAUGUCGGGGGCCUACGACAAGGCCCUGCGCAGGAUGGCUCUGGACAUCUGCAAGAGCCGGGGCUACUCGCAGUUCGUGCAGGAAGGGGUGUACUGCAUGGUGGGGGGCCCCAACUUCGAGACCAUAGCCGAGGCGCGCCUACUGCACAAGCUGGGGGCAGACGCCGUGGGCAUGAGCACAGCGCCGGAGGUGGUGAGCGCCAGCCACUGCGGACUGAAGGUGCUCGGGCUCUCCCUGAUCACCAACAGGGUGACGAAGGACUACGAGGACACGGAGAGUGUGGACCAUGGCAAAGUGCUGGGAGUGAGCAAAAUGAGGUCGGAGACCCUGCAGGGCCUGGUGUCGGAGCUGGUCGCCCAACUGGACAUCAACGGCACCACCGCGGAGUGACGAGGAAGAGGAGGGCAACACAGCACAGGCUGAAGGGCGGAGGAGCGCUUGCUGUCAGAUCCUCGUAGUGCAGAUCUUCCUGUUUCUUUUACUCUUUUCAGUUUUUAAUUCCAGUGCCCUCAGUUUUCAUUUGACAGUAAAAUCUGGGGAAGCACGCUGAGUAUUCAGAGUUAGCUUGGAUACACUGUUUACACACAGUCCACAAUCAGGCCUUGUGUCGCUUGUCUAUAUUUUCUGCAAUCCACCGCUGUCAUUCCUGUACGCUUCCAGCAGUUUGUUGCUUGGCUGUGAAUUGCAUCCGAACGCCCACAUGUGUAUUAUUUAUUGUACUAGAACACUAAUGUACAUUUGAGCACUCCACAAACGAAAUUGCUGUUGAACACUGUUGCCUACAGCUGACCGCCAACGAGGCAGUGUUUUUUAAGUGGUGUGAUGCCAGUGGUGUUAAUUUUUUUGGAAAAUAAUAAAGUAUGUGAAAAUGUC